GCGUCCACCUUUCAACCGCUGUCGCCACGGCCAUCUGUUUGUUGCAAUUCCCAGUAGCUGCUCGAGCUUUGAGAGGGCUUGUGUUCGUUUCGGCUACGAAAAAGGAUUGCGCCGCCUCGAGCGAGUGUCAGAGGCGUUAAUUCCAAGGUCUCAUCGACAUCAAACCUCUAGCUUCAACCGCAAUCCGAAUGUUGAAGCAUGGCUUUCCAGCCGCAAACCCCCCAACGGCCUCUACCGGGCGCGUUUCUGUCAACACCGGCUUUGAAUAAGCUCAAUCCGACCAUCGCUCCCAUACCUGGACCCGUUGCCUCGACUGGUUUAUCAACGCUCGCAGGAAACGAUGCGCGACAGGCAAAGCCUAGCCUGCCGGCACAGCAGCCCUUGGUAGCUGCGAGUAAGAGUGCAGCAGAGUCUUUGAAGCCGAUAGAUCGAGCGUCUCGCACCAUAAAUGAUACGCUCGCGGCGGAAAGAAGAUAUCCGGAGCUGGACAGUUAUGUCGGCCAGGGCAUUUCGUCCGACUAUGAUCUGCCAGUAUCUCCUGCCUGGGCUCCUUUUCAAAAAGUCAAGAUCUAUGAUAUUCCUGAUAAGAUUUUCGAGCAGUACAAUCAGGCGCAGGUUUCAACGACAAUGGGCCUCUUCGCCGAGAUCAAUCACGCUUGGAUCACGAUUGAUAAUGCACUGUACCUGUGGGAUUACACCAUUCCGGACGCUGACCUGAUUGGAUACGAAGAUCAGGCAAAUAGUAUAACCAGCGUUAAACUGUGUGUGCCUCGGGCGGGUGUAUUUAUCCCCAGCAUUACGCAUGUGCUAGUUGUCGCUACCACGGCCGAGAUAUUCAUGGUUGGCGUUUCCGCUCAAACAUCCCCUGCCGGAACGAAGACUGUAGCUUUGUAUCAAACAAACAUGUCAGUUCCAAUUCGCGGGCUAGAGAUCAACGUCAUUGAAGCGUCGCCUGCUACAGGAAGAGUUUUUUUUGCUGGAAGGGAUGACAAUGACGUCUACGAAUUCACCUAUCAGCAAGAGGAAAAAUGGUUCAAAAAUCGUUGCGCUAAAGUGAACCAUACUAGCAAGGGUUUCGCAGCCCUGACUCCUAGUUUCUCAUUGGGCGCUUUUAGCCAGAAGGCUCUUCAGGAGCACGUUGUUCAGAUUGUUGUGGAUGACACAAGAAAUCUUCUCUACACCCUGUCCUCCAGCUCCACUAUCCGGACCUUUCAUAUGCGGCCCAACAACGGCUUGGAUCUAGUCAUCAGUCGCAGUCUUGCAAGCAUAUUUUCGAACAUUGGCCACAUGGUAUCCCGCUCAGAGCUUCUGGUUCCAGGAACCAAAAUUGUUUCCAUCAGCCCCAUCUCGGCAACGGAAGGCACGAAGCUGCACCUGAUGGCUACGACCUCGACCGGCUGUCGCAUCUUUUUGAGCGCCACUUCAUCGUAUGGGUGGUCAGCUGGGGAAUCCACGGGAGCUCCAACAAGCAUGCAAGUGCAGCAUGUUAAAUUUCCGCCGCCAGAGAUGGGGCCGCCGCCGGACAUGGGUGUGACAUUUCAACAGUAUCAGCAGGCGGCAGCCCCCUUGGCCCCCUAUCCAGGGGCUGUGACCGUUGAUACGCAGUCCAAGACUUUGAAGACCACUCGAACCGCAGCUAGAUUUGCCCCUGGAUACUUCUUCUGUUUCGUCGACCGCGAUCCUCUCUCUGAUGCGGACAUGCUCUUUAUGUCGUCUCCCGACUCUGGGCGCAUAGCACGGCCGCAAGAGCCAACCCAGCUUACGAGAUACUCUGAAUUUGGCACUUGGCUCAAUCUCGGAAGCCGUGCCGAAGACGUCGGGUUAACGACCCCGCCUUUCGCCGCAGCUUCAACACCAAUUGGUUUCGGGAAUGAGUUGGCCGUUCAGUUUGACGAACCUGUCCCGGAAAUUGCAAUUCUAACGAAUACUGGGAUUCACACCAUCCGUCGCAGGCGCCUGGUGGAUAUUUUUGCUGCUACAAUUCGCUAUGGAGGUGGAGACGAAGGUCUUGAAGGGGAAUUGAAGAAAUUCAUUCGGAUGUAUGGCAGAGGCGAAACCAUUGCCACUGCUUUAGCUGUUGCAUGUGGCCAAGGUUUGGAUAUUUCUUCCGACGCAAGAGUGUCCAAUAUUACAGAACCAGAGGUGCUUGAGUACGCUCGUAAAGCUUUCAUCGAGUUCGGUGGAAAACCCAUCUUGAAUGAAAAUUCUGUUUUGGACCAGGCAGUCCCUGCUAUUGACAACGUUCGACCCUCACCAAGACAUGAAGGCCUCGCACUUUACAUUUCAAGGCUGGUACGAUCUAUUUGGAAGGCUCCCAUUAUGAAAGAAGCAACUACUCCGACUGGUGGCUUCACAGUCAAACCCACAAUUAGUCUUUCAAAGGUGCAGGGAAUACAACGGGACUUGACUCAAGUACAGGAGUUUCUAAGCUCUAAUAGGAGUUUUAUUGAUGGGCUGGCAGGUCCUGAGGCUCUUGGUCAGGCUCGCACGAAACAGGAGGAAAUUUCUCUUCAAGCCGAGCAUCGUGCUUUGCAUUCGCUCGUUGUAUUAAUCUCUGAUAUCAUUGAAGGCAUCUCAUUUGUCCUUGUUCUUUUCGAUGAGCGCGUCGAAGAGAUUGUCCUCUCUUUGGCCGAUAGUGCCCGACAGCAAGUUCGUCAGAUGACUUACGAAGGACUUUUCUCCACCAGUGCAGGAAAGGAUCUUGCAAAGGAAUUGGUCAAGGCCAUUGUGAACAGAAAUAUUGCAAGUGGGUCUAAUGUGGACACGGUGGCUGAAGCCUUGCGACGGCGGUGUGGAAGCUUUUGCAGUGCCGACGACGUCGUCAUUUUCAAGGCGCAGGAGCAGCAGAAGAAGGCAUCCGAAGCCGGAGCGAAUACGGAAACUGGCAGGAACCUUUUGAAUGAGAGCUUGCGUCUAUUCACCCAGGUUGCUGCCAGCCUUUCAAUGGAACACCUUCAGAGCGCCGUGCAGCAAUUCACUGCAAUGGAUUUCUAUGCAGGCGCUAUCCAACUCGUUCUUGAUGUGGCUCAAGAAGCUGACAGGGGGAACCGUGCAUUAGCCUGGAUCGCUGAUGGCCGACCAGAACUGGAUCCCCGGAAAGCAGCAUUCGACGCACGCAAAGGAUGCUACAAUCUGAUCCAUCAGAUCAUUGCCGCUGUUGAUAAGGCAUCGAGCCAAGCCCCAGAGAUGAUCGAUGGACAUUACACUCUCACAGCUAAACGCAGAAAUGAGGCAUACACCGUGAUCAACAACUCCACGGACGAAGUCUUCCAGACGGACCUCUAUGACUGGUACUUUUCGGAGGGUUGGACCGAACGUCUACUCGAAGUGCAAUCUCCCUUUAUCAUCACUUACCUUCAGCGGAAAUCACCCGAUGAUGUGAAACACGCCGAUCUGCUCUGGAAAUAUUUCGCUCGUGUAGACCGGCUCUACGAUGCUGCUACUGUGCAGGUUCAGCUUGCCAAAAGCGGGUUUGCUCUGGAUCUUGCUGCCAGAAUUGAGUACCUUAGCAGAGCCAAAGCAAACGCGUCGACAUAUACAACUGGAAUUGGCAGACAAUCUCGGCAGUCUUUGCUUCACGAAGUGUCGGACUUGCUUGAUGUCGCCAAUAUUCAGGAUGAUAUCUUGCAAAGACUGAAAGGAGAUGCUCGUGUAUCUCCUGAGCGGAGGCCAGAGAUCUUGAAAGACCUGAACGGUCAAGUCCUUGGUCUUACUGAUCUUUAUAACGUCUAUGCCGAUCAAGCCGGUUAUCACGACAUUUGUCUGUUGAUAUAUCAAGCUGCAGAUCACAGAAAUCCCGCUGAUAUCAUUUCUACUUGGCAAAAUCUGGUGACUGCAACUCAUCAGAACACCGUUGAGCAAGGCGAUGCGCAACCCUAUGAAGCUGUGGCAGAAUGCGUCCGCCGACUUGGAUUACGGCUCAACCUCUCUGACAGCACGUUUCCCAUUUCUGACCUCCUACCAAUGCUUGAAAAGUACGCUUUUGAGUUUCAGCGAGGUGUCGGCCCGUCCAGCUGGAUCGUCGAUUCGUUUUUGGACCUCAAGGUUCCUUAUGAGACUCUGUUUUCUGUUCUCGAGGGCAUGUUUUAUAACGACGAAGCGCCUUUUCAGGGACGUAAUCGACGGUACAUUGCUAACGAUUUGUUCUAUGUGAUCAAGCGAUCGUAUUUGGAAAGCGGUCGAAGCGGCGGUCCUAUCUUCGGCGAUGAUACACAUGCUAUCUCAAUCUCCCAGACACUUCUAGCGCUUCAGCAGAGUGGAAUGGAUGAGCAAAGGUCAGAAGAGUGUCAGGCGCUGCGCUUUAAGAUUGAGCAGUUGCUCCGAUGAAGGUCCAAUGAAGUGUAUGAUUCCUUUGGGGGUUUUGGAGUUCUGCGUCAUUUGAAAAGCUUGGGCAUAGCAUUUUAUAUUUCCAUUUCUUGUUCUUUGUAUUACUCAGAGAAACAAAUUUUUGUAGUGUAGAGCUUAUGAGCGACUGCCGCCAGUAGAUAUCACGUCAAAUGGGAUAAUCAUGAUAGCCA